UAAUAUAAUGGGAAGGGUUUGAGCAAACCGCCAAAGCUGUUCAAAAAUAUGGAAGGGAAUCUACGAGAGAAACGGCUAAUUUCAGCAGACUUUUUUGGGCUUCUACUGCUUCCGCGCGGGCCCUGCGUGAACCUACUGCUGUGUUCAGAACGGUCCAACGCCCUCUGACACACUGUUCUCCGCCUCCACGACUUCACUACUUCCCCCUUCUCCACUUCUCUCUCUCUCUCUCUAUCCCCCCCUCCUUAUAUUCCCCUCCACAUUCUCCUCUCUCUCUCUCUCUCUCUCUCUCUUCUGUGUCUCCUACAACCCAAAGCUCUCUCUCUCUCACCAACCAUGGCUGAAGAGACACUGACCAAGGAACACGAGGCAGCGGAGGAGGAGAAGAAGGUGACGGAGAACGAGCAAACCCCGCCGCCGCCGCCGCCGCCUGCGCCCGAGGCCGAGGACGAGCCCAAGAAACCCGUCGCCGUCGCCGGCGCCGCCCCCGAUGCGGCGGAGGCGGCCAAAGCCGGCGACUUGAAGGCGCCCACCGCCGCCACCACCAUCUCCCAAGUCGUCUCCUUUAAGGAGGAGGAGGAGGAGGACGAGACCAACGCCGCCGACCCCGAGAAGAAGGCCCUCGACGAGCUCAAGCGGCUCCUCCGCUCCGCCCUCGCCAACCGCGACUUCCCCUGCCCUCCGCCUCCGCCCCCUCCCCCUCCCUCCGCGGCCGAGGAGGAGGCGACGGCGGAGGAGGACGGGGCCAGGACCGUCGAGGCCAUAGCCGAGUCCGUCUCCAUCUGGGGGGUGCCCCUGUUCGCGGACGAGAGGACCGACACCGUGCUCCUCAAGUUCCUCCGCGCGCGGGACCUGCACGUCGAGAGCGCCAUGGCCAUGCUCAAGGGCGCCGUGGCGUGGCGCCGGAGCUUCGCCAUCGACGCGCUCCUCGCGGAGGACCUCGCGGGCGCCUCCGAGCUCAGCAGAGCGGUGUUCAUGAGCGGCGCCGACCGCGAGGGCCACCCCGUGUGCUACAACCUCUACGGGGAGCUCCAAAGGAAGGAGCUUUACGCCGCGGCGUUCGCCGACGAGGAGAAGCGGCGGGGUUUCCUGAAGUGGAGGAUCCAGUUCCUGGAAAAGGGGAUCCGGGAACUGCUCGACUUCAAACCCGGCGGGGUCUCCACCAUGGUGCAGGUCACGGAUCUCAGCAACUCCGCCGUGGGCCCCGUCAAGCGCGACCUCCGCAAUGCCCUCGCCCUGCUUCUCGAUAAUUACCCCGAGUUCGUCGCCAAGCAGAUCUUCAUCAAUGUUCCGUGGUGGUAUCUCGCGUUCAACAGGAUGAUCAGCCCCUUCCUCACGCACAGAACCAAGAGCAAGUUUGUGUUUGCAGGGCCUUCUAAAUCAGCUGAGACGCUGUUCAAGCACAUUGCUCCGGAACAAGUCCCAGUUCGAUUCGGAGGCUUAAGCAAAGAAAACGACGAGGAUUUCACCACAUCCGAUGCUGUCACAGAAAUCGCCAUUAAGCCUUCUACAAACCAAGCCAUAGUAAUACCAACCAAUGAGACCAGCGUUGUUGUAUGGGAACUCCGAGUGCUGGGAUGGGACGUGACGUACGGGGCUCAGUACGUACCGAGUCGCGAGGAUGCGUACACGGUGAUCGUGCAAAAGGCGAGGAAGAUGUGCGGUGGUGAUGAGCCCGUUGUGAAGGAUUGCUUUAAGAUUCGGGAGCCCGGGAAAAUAGUUAUCACUGUGGAUAACACCACCACCAAGCGAAAGAAGCUCCUCUACCGAUACAAAACCAAGAAAGAGGUCUCUGCUUAAUUUAACAUAUAUAUUUAUGAGGAUCUAUAAAUUUGGAAAUAGGGUAACUUUUGGUAAGUGGACCAUUCGGUGGUAAUUUUGCUUGAUUUAAGUUGGACUUAUGCUCUGUUGUUCAGUUUGUUUUUUGAAUUAUUUACUUUGUCCGUGUAUCGAGUCAUUUUUACAUUCGCAGUAACUAUUGUUGUUAUUUGUUCAUUGUUAAUCUUUCUUUUGGGGGCUAAA